GACAGCUGCUGCAGCCGCGUCUCAUAUUAUUAUCACCGACACAUGCGGAGCUCCCACCGGCGGCUGCUGCAGCGGAGCUCCGAGACGGCGAGGGGAGGAUGAGAACACCGCCUCCAGCUCAUACUCGUCGCUACAACACAACUGAGGGAAAGUCUCUCCGCAAGAUUUUAAAAUGAAGAAGGAUAUAGACACACUGAUAGCAGAGGAGCGGGCUGAAAUCAUCUCUAAAUAUGACAAGGGGAGGCAAGAAGGUGUCAAAAUUGACCCGUGGGAAGAUGCUGACUACACUAUCUAUAAAGUCACUGACCGCUUCGGCUUCCUUCAUGAGAAAGAGCUGCCAACACCCACUGCACUGGAAGAGAAGCAUAAGCAGCAAGAGUUGGAGCGAGUGGAGAAAUGGCUGAAGAUGGUGAAGAAUUGGGCCAAGUACAGGAACCAUGAAAAGUUGGUGAAGCGUGUAUAUAAAGGAAUUCCUCUGCAGCUGAGAGGCCAGGCUUGGGCUUUACUUUUGGAUAUAGAAAAAAUGAAACAAGAUAAUGAAGGAAAAUAUGAGAAAAUGAAGCAGCAGGCUCGUAGCUUUUCCACAGAGAUCAAGCAGAUAGACUUGGAUGUGAACAGGACCUUCAGGAACCACAUCAUGUUCAUGGACCGCUUUGGAGUGAAGCAGCAAGCACUGUUUCAUGUACUCGCGGCUUACUCCGUCUACAAUACGGAGGUGAGCUACUGUCAGGGAAUGAGUCAGAUCGCUGCUAUCUUGCUUAUGUACCUCAAUGAGGAAGAUGCCUUCUGGGCUUUAUCCCAGCUCCUCACCCACAGCACCCAUUCCAUGCACGGAUUCUUCAUUCCGGGAUUUCCCAAGCUGCAGCGCUUCCAGACACACCAUGACCUCAUCCUCUCCAAAAUGGUGCCCAAGCUGAAGAAACACCUGGACAAGGAGCAGAUGACGACAGGGAUUUACUCCACCAAAUGGUUUCUCCAGUGCUUCAUUGACAGGACCCCUUUCACCCUUACCCUCCGUUUAUGGGACAUCUACAUAAUGGAAGGAGAGAAGAUACUAACUGCUAUGGCGUAUACAAUCCUCAAGCUACACAGAAAGCGUCUGCAGAAGCUUCCGCUGGAGGAUUUGAGGGAAUUUUUCCAGGAGCAGCUGGCUGCUUCUUUCUGCCUCCCUGAUGAUGUGGUGGUUGAACAGUUACAGGCUGCAAUGUCGGAGCUGCGCAGUAAAAAGCUGGACCAGCCUCCUCCAGCAAAGUCAGAUGAGCUGCCAAGGAAGCCUUUGGGUCAAGAGAGACCGAUUCUCCUACUCCCGCUGCAGCCAGACUCUCCUCUGGAGGUCAAAAUAGGUCAGGCCGACAGAGAGCCCAGCACGGACACGCAGCAGACAGAUGGCCACACUGUACAUCACACUGCCUGUUCUGCAGAACCCAGUGAUUCAAAAGGCUUUCCUGAGGCAAAUGCACCUUCAUUGCCUUCAGCAGACCCGGCUGUCAACAACGCACAGGCAACACCUUCCUCCCUUAGGCCUUGUAGAGUAGCUCCAGAACCACCAAAGGCAAGCAAACCAUCAAAUGGGGUAGGUGUGGUCACAGAUAUGAAGGAGUCUUUUGCAGAGGUUUGCCAAAAUGAGACUAAACAUGAAAACAAGAAAAAAGACAAUGAGACGCAGGAGGAACCUGUGGAGUGGCCGCCACCCUAUGAGCCCCCCGAUUUGUCUGCUUUUACCAUGCAGACUGAGGAGGAAAUCAUGGACCUUCCAGACCUACCUCCCCCACCUCUCUUUUACCCUGAAGAAGGUGACCAAAGGUCUCGAGAGAGUGAAUCCCCCUGUGGGGGGGCUGGGACCCCUGCACCCUCUACUUCCCCUCCAUCAGCCUCCCUAUUGGUCCCUCAAAUGAAGCCGUCUCCUAAACCACAUCCAAAACCAACUACAUCUCUUGAUCUCCCACAGAAAAAGACUCCUCCCUCAAAACCUUCCCCUCACCGUGCCUUCGGAGGGUUAUCCUCUUCCCCUCCCAGACUUCCUCCAUCAAAGCCAACAAAGCCAACAAAGUUCCCCGUUUCUCUCCACGUUCCUGCGUCCAUGGGAGACAGACGGCCUUCCAACACCUCCCAGUAUGAUAACCUUUCGGAGGCUGAUGACGACGAUCGGUUGGUGGAGAGACUUCUAUCCUCCACCCCGGAGGAAAUUCCCAGCGGGCACAGGAUCUUACCCUACCACGUUGACAGAGACUAUGACCCAGCUCUCUAUCCGGUACCCCCACCUCCUGUCUUCAUCCCUCCUUCUCCAUCACCUAUUCCUCCCGCAAUGUGUGCCCUACCCAGUUUGCCCCAAGAGCCAGAGUAUGAAGUGGGGGUUAGCUGGGUGGAGGAUUCCGUCCUUCCCCCUCCUCCAGCCAGUUUUGCUGACAAACUCGUUCCAUUUCCGUGUACCUCUGCCGUUUGUCCAGACACAAACAGAUCCAUGUCACCUGUCUAUUCCAAGCCUUUCUCCAGAGGCCCCAGGGAUCAUUCUGCUUUCCCAGCACCUUUGUUGUAUACUGGGUCUUCUCCAGGUCACUCCAGGUCCUCAGGACAGUCACCGGUGCACUUGGAUCAGCGCAGCCCAAACUUUAGUAGGACGCCUCCUGCAGGACAGCAGCUGCCCAAAUCAGUGACUUUUUGAUGCAUCAUUCAACUGUAACUUGUGAUAAUCCCAAUGUGAUUCGGAUUCUUAUACUACUAUAUUGGUUCUCAAAGCCACUUUAAAGUUGAAAUGCCAGUAGCUCUUCAGUUUUUGUAAGCAUUUUGAAAAUGAGCUUCUUUUUUUAACUUGUGUGUACAGAUUUCUUAUAAAUGCACCUCCUUUACAAGGGCAGUUGUGUCAAGAUGUGUAUUUAAAACUGCUGUUACUGUCGGUUGCACUUAUUGAGUGUUUUACCUUGCGUGCCCUUGUUCAUGGGACCCAACCUGUUUUCUAUUUGAUGGGCGAAUGGCAUGAAGAAGUGCAACCACAAAUAACAUGAUCUCAUACCAGCUGCACGUUAUCAUUGCUCUGUCUGCAUUUUGUUUAAUUUGGUCCAAAUAAAUGUCUUAACCUUCCCCUGGUGCAACAACUCUUAACACACAAGGGCUUUGAGGCUCCCAAGCCGCAUCAUACACAUUUCUACUGAAAUUCUGGUAAACUGUGAGCCGGCUCACAUGUCUUCUCAGAGAAACUUAACACAGCUUUUGUUUCUUUGUAGAUUCUUUAGGUCCAUUCUCGACAAAGUAUCCCACUAAUCCGGUUUGCGCCAAUGUACGCUCAUGCAAACUAAAACAAUCACUUAACCACCAACAACAAAGAAGUAUGAUGCAAUAUAUUACCAGAAUAAGUACUGACGCAAGUAUCUCAAACCUGCUUUGUCAUGUCAGUUUAUCAUAAGAAGUUUGUGUUGGCUGGAUGAUUUACUGUUUAUUUUUAGUUAUUAGAAAACUGUUACUUCCAAAGAAAUAGUUUGACACAUAUUUAAUACUUGAUUUCAGAGCAAUAAUGUACUGUUUGUAAGUAUACACAUACAUUGAUUAAUGGGGAUUUCAUUGAGUGACAGUUUUCCAGAAGAACAUCAGUGAAGAUGGCUCCAUCUAGUGGUCAAAUUAUGCUACUACUUAACAGUUAUUUCUAAGUUAAUGUGACAUCUUGGGGAAACAUUUUCUUUCUUUUUAAUAUCGCCCCAAGGCUCAUGUAUGAUGUGUAGAUAGGAUAAAACAUAAGAAUAUAAAUCCUUAUGCCACCCAGUAACUUUCUGCUCCAUUAACUGCCCAAAGAAAAUCUGUUCUUGAGAAACGGAAGUUGAGCCAUAACAUUGUUCAAAUACAUACUGUAUAGUUAGACAUGUUUAUAUUGUUUUUGUAAUGCUAUGUAUUGUGUUUAAACAUCAGUAUUGUUUUUUUGCACUGACACUUAUUUCAAACAGAUUUAGCAGUAUUUUGUUUUUCUCAGUUGCAAUUUAUUACUCAAGAAAACUGUCUUGAUGUGCAUGGACUCAUGAGGAUGCACUUUCUUGGCAUCAACAUGUUUGGCAUGCUGGAGGAUAUGUUUGAUGAUUUGACGACAAAUUGUACAUCAUUACUCCUUUGUAUGGAUCUGGUUGUCAACAGGGAGAUGCGUGCUUAGACCAAAGCCUACCUGCAUUUAUGCAACUACAUGAGUUUUAUAAAGAGAUUAAUCUUAGUUGUCUGUUUGAUUUCUCUUCACCAAAAAAAUUAUCCACGUUCACUGCUUUCGGGUAUUUAUUGCACACAACAGUAACAUUUCUUUCUUCAUACUUUACAUUAAUUUAGUGCAUAUUAAGCUGUGUAAAGACUUUUUGCAAAAAAUGAACAAGCGCAAAGGAGGCACAUAGGAACUUAAGCCAUUUGGAAACAGGACCAGGGUACACAGGCUAACCUUUACACAAUCGAAUGAUUCAAAAGUAAACACCCUACAGUUUGUAUGAAACACAUAAUUCAUCCUUUAUCUGCCAUCAUCUUGACUUUGUUCAUUAGAAUGUUGUUUUUAAAUGCUUCUUUGGUUAAAGUACUUCAAGCCACAUUAAACCUGAGCUGACAAAAA